AUGGCUACUCUUGAUCCAAGCGGGUACAAAAAUGUCACUUUAUUUGGAUGGUGGAUACAUGACAUAUCACUAAUAAAUAACCAACAUUGGAAUAUCAUUUGGAUUUUCUCAUUCACUCACUCACGCACACCUAAACCUAAUGAUACAUACGUUGAUUACCCAUACGAUUCCAAGAACAAUCUUAAAGUCCAGUGUUUACAUACGAAAAAUAAAAGUGAGUGGCAUCAAUUUUCUCAAGCAGUGCAACACCAUGUGUCUGAAUAG